UAUAGAAAUUUCUCUUCAAAAAAAAAUAGAAAAUAACUUGAAUCCUCAUUUUCUGCCAUUUUUCUUCGUUUCUUCAAAAGAAUAGAGAAUUUGAUCUUUGGAGGUGCUGGUUUUCCUCAGGAAGACGUUUAUGUGAGAUUGGUGGAUUUUUCUCACAAGAUUCGGCGGGUGGAAUUCGCUGAAUUUCCAUUAAAAUGAGGAGAUUGAGCUUCAGCAGGAGUGGUUCAAAGAAUGGGGAGAUGAAUGAGGGGUCGAAAGAGGGGAAAAUAGAGUGGGAGAUGAGGCCCGGGGGGAUGUUGGUUCAGAAGCGGUGUGAAGUUCCCGACGGCUCUUUGGCCCCGACCGUGCGGCUGAGAGUCGCAUAUGGGGCUUUUCGAUACGAUAUCUCUGCUGACCCACAAUCGACAUUUGGGGAACUGAAAAAGUUGCUUAGUAGUGAGACUGGACUACAACCAGGGGAAAUGAGCAUCAGUUUUAGGGGUAAAGAGAGAGAAAAUGGAGAUUAUUUGGAUAAUUGUGGUGUGAAGGAUCGUUCCAAAGUUGUGGUGAUCGAGGACCCCACCAGUCGGGAACGAAAAUUCUUCGAAAUGAGGAAGAAAGAGAAGAUCCAAAGCGCCCACAGAGCAAUUUCAGAUAUUUCAAUAGAGAUUGACAAAUUGUCUGAGCAGAUUUCUAGCAUUGAAAAAUCAAUAGCAAAUGGUAAAUCAGUGCUUGAGGUUCAAAUCGCUACCUUAAUUGAGUUGUUAAUGAGGCAAGUUGUGAAGCUUGAGAGGAUCCCCACUGAAGGAGAGGCCACCUCUCACAAGACAAUCCAGGUCAGUUAAGUUAAUUUGAUUCUCUCUUUCCUCGGAGAAAACAAAGAAAAAAGAUAAAAGUUUUCAUUGCCUCUUAAUUCAAUGGAUUGGUUUUCUUGAAAUGCUUUUUUGUGGUAUAUGUUUGCUUAGGUCCACAAUUUAAUGAUCCUCGGGCUUGAAAUCCAAGUUACCCACACUAGGUCGAGGCCCACAAUUUAGAUGUGAGGCCCACAUAUGGUUUCCACCAUCUAGAUUUUUUAGGCUCAACACAACCACCAAUAAAAUAACGAAAAAGUUUAUAUAAGGAUGCUACCUUAUAAUGUAGAACUACGGAUACCCCUCAAAAAUCCAUCUGAAAAGGUAGUUUUAAUGUUAAAAACCCUUUGAUUGGUCAUCGAGAUGUAUCAUUAUGAAAAAU